GUAUUCUUAAGGAAAUUUAAGUCUCAGCAUACAGAAUUUUAUUUUAUGGGUGAAUAUACUUUCUUCCGAAAACGUUUAAAGCAUACAGUCACCACUUGUCCAAGGGCUCCCUUUUGGAAUGAGAACACUACGGAGGCAAAUCGAAAUAUUCCAACAAGGAAGAAAGUUAUCCCUGCCAAAUACUGUAUCACUACUAGCUGUAGUAGCCAGUUCGAAACAAAGAAUACAAUUUUAAGGCCUAAGUAAUGUUUAGCAGCAGUUCAGACAAGCUACAGGAUUCCUUAAUACAACUAAGAAUGGCAGCGAAGCAAGUUACUCGCUUUUCCGAAAAAGCUGCAAAGGAUAGCGAGGUACAAAAGCAAAAGCUCAAAAAGGCUCUAACAUCUGGUAAUGUUGAGUGCGGUAGAAUAUACGCUGAAAAUGCAGUAAGAAAACAGAAGGAGUCUUUGAACUAUCUUCGGAUGGCCUCUCGGUUCGAUGCCGUACAAUCACGAGUUCAAACUGCUCUUACGAUGAACCAAGUUGUUAAGAAUAUUGGUUCUGUUUCAAAUGAGCUUGAGAAAGCAAUGCGCACCAUGGAUUUAGAAAAACUUGAAAAGGUUAUGAGCAAAUUCGAGUCUCAGUUUGAGGACCUUGAUGUUCGCUCUGCUACUAUCGAAAACUCAAUGAAGAAUACUUUCACACUUUCAGCUCCCGAACAAGAGAUUAAUGCAUUGAUAAAACAAGUUGCAGAAGAGAAUGGUCUUGAAGUGUCGCAAGCAAUCGCCGGCGCCCCUAUUGUUUCAGGGUCUUUGUCAGUUGCUUCUGAUUCGACUAGGGAUGUCGAAGAUGAUGCACUUACCAGACGACUUGCUGAACUCCGAAACUGAAGGCGCGCACAUUAUCAAUCAAUUUUUACUUUUCGAGGAGAAGCUUUUUUUACGGGUUUUGUUUUUGUUUAUAUCUUGCGUAUGUUGAUUAUUUAUUGACGAUGAAGGUAUUAGAAGUCUCUACCUUCACAUGUAUUGUUGCUUUUAAUAUCGCUUGUACUAUGUUCAGAUCCAUAUUUAGCUAUAUUCAUUUUCCCUUAUUUGUGUCUAUUAACCAAGCCUACUUUGAUUUUACAGAGCACACACACUUAUAAUUCAACACUAUGAUUCUAUGCACAGCGAUUUGUUUAUCCAAUAAACAAAUGAAUAAUGUUUUUCUAAGAAGAGAAAUGCGUUGCUAACCUUUUCAUACACAAAAGAUUAUUGAAUAGUUUGUCGUGUUGUUUCGAGUUGUUGGAUGCGAUGAAGUUAUAUUAUCACUUAAA